AUGGCGUCGGGGCAGUGGCGGGCGCUGGCCGAGCAGUUCCAGGUGAUCUGCCCCCCCGGGGGGGCUCCAGGUGCGGGGUCCCCCGGGGCGCUGCGAGGACGGGCGUCCUGUGGGCACUGGGUGAGCGCGGCUGGGCUGCGGGGCUGGGUGCGGGCGCUGCUGGACCAGGGCGUCACCUCAUUCCGCUGCCCCUGCUGCCCGGACACCCCUUGGCUCUGGCAGGAGCUGUGCAAACUCGGGCUCUUCUCAGAUGAGGACCAGGCCAUGCUGGAGGCCCAAAUCCUGGCACAGGAGGGGGCCAGGGACAGCUACCGCCAGUGCCCGCGCUGCCAGCACCUCGUCCAGCAUCUGGACCCCGGUACUUUGCGCACCCCCUGCCUGCCCUGCUCCCAGCGGGCCGGGGAGCUGUACUGCUUCUGUUGGGGCUGCCGCACGGACUGGAAGGACCCCUCGCCUCAGGGAAAAUCCUGCUCCAAUCCCCAGUGCCCCCUACAGGCUGCGCUUUACGACACCCUGGAGAUCCAGGCCCCGGGAUCGUCUGUCCAUGGCUGCCCCUCACUGCGGGCCUGUCCCGAGUGCCACACCCUGGUCAGCCACACUGGGCUAGGCUGCCCCCUGGUGGAGUGCCCGGAGUGCUGGACAGAGUUCUGCUACCGCUGCCUGAGGGACCAUCUCGGGGAGGACGCCGACGAGACCGAGUGGGAGCAUGACGAGGAUGAAGACAUGGAUUACGAUAAUUCCUGGGAGGCCAGCUGCAGUAUUGCCGGGAGGCAGGAGCUGAACAGGUCCCCCUAGCCCAAGGGAGACCCCGGACUCAACCCCUGCUGCGACCCCUGAGAACUCCCCUCCUGCCUCCCCAAGGCCAGAUCACGCCCCAUCACACUCAGCCCCGUUCCCAGGUUUUGGGGACCCCCAAGGGCCCGACCCCCCCUCCUUGCUCACAGGAUGCCGGGGGCAGUGCACUGCAGGGAGGAGUAAUGCCUCUGCCAGAGAUAGGGGUGCAGGCGCCUGUGACGAAGUGGGGAUUUUCCCUUGUUAUGUUGUAUGUGAGUCUUACUGUUGAGCCGAUGUGAGUUUUACUGUUUUGCAUGAAUACUGUGUGUGCCUCAGUUUCCCUGUGUGCUGCACCGAUACCUUGGUGGUGGGAAUAGGGGUGUGUGACUUUGGCUGAGACCUCUGGGCAGGUGAAGCUGCUCCAGCUGCCUGCACAUAUGCUAUGACCCAUAACCCAUGUCCUUCGUAACUUGAGACCCAGGAGGGGGAUGCAACCAGGUGAUGAGCAGGUGACUGCCCCGGGAAAAAAAGAAGGAGGAGGAGCAAGCUGGGCAGUCUGCUUGGGGGUCUCGAAGAGGGGGAGUCCAGGCCAUCUGGCCCAGGACGCCCCAAGAUGGACUUUGCUGAAAGUCACUGAUUUCUGUGCUGACAAGUUCUGUUCUCCGCUGUGUUCCUGUCGACUAAUAAACCUUCCAUUUUAUGCUG